UAUCCACAAUUCUGGUGACGCAACCUCGCUUCACCUAUGCCCGAGAUGUCCCGCCGUUGUGUGUGGCAGUGGUCGUCCAUGUUGGGAAAAUGGACAUCAGCUUGAACAUAGACUCCAUCCAACACGUGGUCUUCCUGAACACGGCGUUCUCACGGCACCUCAAUCCGCUCAUGACAUCCUUCACCAAACUGAAACGCAAUUCCAGCCAAGGCAAAAUACAUGGCACACAAAAGAUUACAGCGGCAGACCCGGUGGCUGAGGUAGGUUAUCAGCACACAUAA